AUGAAGUCAAUGCUACGAUUGGCCCACUACAUACUCCUCUAGGGUUUCGCUUCCCUCCCCUGCGGUCGGCUUCGCUUCUGGAUAUCUCACCACGGGCGACAGCGCUGAGAGGGGUGUUUGGUUCCUUUUCCUCGAGCUCGUCUCGGAAUAAAUUGGCUCCUGAGUUGCAUACAAGAUGAGAUUAGAAAAGUGUUGGUUCUGUUCCUCAACCAUUUAUCCAGGACAUGGAAUUCAGUUUGUUCGAAAUGAUGCAAAGAUAUUCCGAUUCUGCCGAUCAAAAUGCCAUAAGAAUUUCAAAAUGAAGAGAAAUCCUCGCAAGGUGAAAUGGACAAAGGCGUAUAGGCGAUUACAUGGGAAGGAUAUGACUCAGGACUCGACAUUUGAGUUUGAAAGGAAGCGUAACAGGCCUGAAAGAUAUGAUAGGAAUGUCACAGAGAUGACGCUGAAGGCUAUAAAGAAGAUUGACAAGAUCAGAGUGACCAGGGAGGCUCAACACCACAAAAUGAGGAUGAAGGGUAAGAAAGCAAUCGAGCAAGAGGCGGCAAUUAAGGAGUUGGAGAACAGUAUUAAUUUGGUCAAAGCACCUGCUGCCCUGCAACAAGGAUCAGAAAUUACUCUUCCAAAGAUCAAAGUCAAGGUUUCUGAAUCACAAGAUGUGGGAGAGCGAAUGGAAGAAUAAUGUUAAUGAGUGGGUGGUUCCUUGGAACAUUCUUCUACUGAAAGAUGGAUGGAUGCUUUGCCAUGGAUGUAGCUGAAAUAGUAGUUGGGAGAACAACAUUUUGUGCUUAUUUGUCUUGGUUGGUAAUGGAUGGUUUUCUUUUUUUUGUUUUAGUGGACACGUUAUUCGAUCACAUUAACAGAAAGCUUCUGAUGCUGCUCAAAAAGAACAUGGAAUGGUUGCAAUC